GUGGUCGGUGUUGGAAUUUCUUAGAGCAUUUUACGGCGGUCCUUGUGAGGCCAAUUCCGUGUAAUUGGGACGAUUUUGGAAGUGGCCAGGUACGUAGCUCUGACUUGCAGGAGGAUUUUUGCAGGGCCGAAAACUGCCGUGUUCUGGAGCGCUAGCGUAUGGCUGUCGUCAGUGCAAUGUCACGGUGAUUUGUCAGCGCCCAUUGCAGCAACUCUCCAUCAGAGCUGUUAUAGUAACUUUGCCAGAUGCAACCACGAAGUCGUCAAUGCAGUAGCCGAAUUGAUCCUAAAAAUAGCACUAGUCUGUCUGAUCAUCCACCGUCCCCCGUGUACUAUUGUGCUCCGCAUACACUCCAUCAACAUCGGCGAGCCCUCAUUUAUUGGGUUUCGGUCUAAAGAAAGCUGCAGAGCACCCUAUUCCUGGCGAAGCACAACUACACCCCAGACCGAAAUUGUACCUGCCUCAAAUUUCAGUUGUUAUUGCUAACACCAUGUCUUCUCAAUCGCUGCCUAACGGCACGGCCAAGCCUCAGAUGCCACUCUCGAGCAAGAAGAAUAGGAAGCUACGCAGAAAGGCUGCCCAGCCACAGCCAAUUCUGAAAUAUGCGUGGCUCGCUGGACAUGUCAGCACGUUGCUUUUCGGGUUCAUCUACCUCUGCUACUAUGUCGUCCGCAAAUCGCACAAGUCGUGGGUGGCCUUUGUCGGCUACAGACUUGCGUGGGUAGGUGUCUGGAUCAGCUACAGCGUGGCCAUUGCGUCUCAUUUUAAUAGGAAAUCGCUUCCGUCUUAUUUCACUCUCAUGACAACAGAAAAUUUCCAGUAUCUGGUUCUGUCGGUGCACUGGUUCUUGGGAUGGUCGUCUUUCUUCAAGCUGCUACCGUAUCUUUUGAUUGCUACGCUGCAGCUUUCCAACCAUUUCAAGAUCAAGCCAUUGCUCAGAUUGGAGCCGGUUUUCAAGAAAACCAUCAUCUACAACGAACUGUUCCUAUUUGUGCUGCUCACCUUCGACACGUUGUGCAUGAAAGGAAACUCCGGCUUUGGCCUCGUCAGCUACGCCAUGUUCUACUGGCUCAGACUGCUUCACAGCGAAGACAACAGAUUCUUUGUUUACUCGGUGAUCAGCAAGCUGGACACGUUGAUGUCGAAGCAGAAAAACCCGACAAUUUUGGAGGCCUGGGACGAGGUGAAGAAAUUCCUGAGCGAGAAACAGAGCAAGUUCGAGUCCCAAUACUUGGCCGUGUAACUACAUGUAACUACAUACAAUGAGACGCAAGACACUCGUCAGAAACUUGAGCUUUG